ACGGUGAAUUUAAGAAACGAAGACAUUGUAGACUCAUGUGCUCUUUAAAACUUUAGAACUAAAAGUAUUUGCGUUGCAGCUGUUGCUCGCAUUGCAUCAGGUUCAAGUGGAGCUAUACUAAUGACAGCGAGCGCAAGAGGCAUACAAGGCUGCUCAUCAUGAUUUCUUGUUAGAUCCUGUCUCGCGCAUGCAUGAACAUGCACACGGACACAUAAACGUCAAGACGGUGUGGAGUUUGUAUGAAAGCUGUGCUAUGUUUCAGAUCGUCUCAGCAUCGCUCUCCUUCAACACCCAGCAGGCUGAGAUCGAUGCUCGCGACGUGGCUUCUAAUAAGCUGCGCUAUUUUCCUCGUUAAUGUCACGUUUAAAACACCCACCGGCAUUUAGUUUGUGUCCUCACUACGCAAAUGAUCAGAAAAGCUCCUCUGCAGAUGUGCUGUAAGGACUGCGGAUCUUCCUUAAGCGUUUGAUUUAAACAUAUAUAGCUGUGCGAUAUUCCAGGCGGUGGGCGAGUCGGUGAGACGAGGGUUUGUAGAGACUGCUUCAAGGUGAUUUUGGGAAAGAUUCGAGCCAUCGGGAUUUUUCGUGGGGAUUCAUCCAUUGGAGAAUGAUGUGGGGUGGAAGAGGAGCAGCUUGGCUUUGGAUUUGGGCCUGUUUACUGGAGGCCAGUGUUCUGGCUGGAAAAAGCUCCAGUCAAAGCGCAGAUGAGCAGAAAGACAACACCACAGUUUUCACCAGGAUUCUGGACAGCCUCCUCGAUGGCUACGACAACCGUCUCAGGCCUGGACUCGGAGAGCGUGUAACCGAAGUCAAGACUGACAUUUUCGUGACGAGUAUUGGGCCGGUCUCGGACCAUGACAUGGAGUACACCAUCGAUGUGUUCUUCAGGCAGAGUUGGAAGGACGAGAGGCUGAAGUUCAAAGGUCCUAUGGCUGUGCUCCGUCUCAACAAUCUCAUGGCCAGCAAAAUCUGGACCCCCGACACGUUUUUCCACAACGGAAAGAAGUCAGUUGCCCAUAACAUGACCAUGCCUAACAAACUUCUGCGGAUCACAGAGGAAGGAACUCUGCUUUACACCAUGAGGCUUACAGUCAGAGCUGAAUGUCCCAUGCACUUGGAGGACUUCCCAAUGGACGCCCAUGCUUGCCCUCUCAAAUUCGGCAGCUAUGCCUACACGAGGGCUGAAGUGGUAUAUGUUUGGACGCGAGGGGCGGCACAGUCUGUGGUCGUGGCUGAUGAUGGCUCCCGUCUCAACCAGUAUGACUUGAUGGGACAGACGGUCGACUCGGGUGUGGUGCAGUCCAGCACUGGAGAGUAUGUUGUGAUGAAAACACAAUUCCACCUCAAGAGGAAGAUUGGUUACUUUGUCAUCCAGACAUAUUUGCCGUGUAUCAUGACCGUGAUCCUGUCCCAGGUAUCCUUCUGGCUAAACAGGGAAUCUGUCCCCGCCAGAACUGUGUUUGGAGUGACCACUGUCCUUACCAUGACCACCCUGAGUAUCAGCGCGAGAAACUCUCUGCCCAAGGUGGCCUAUGCCACAGCCAUGGACUGGUUCAUCGCCGUCUGCUACGCAUUUGUCUUCUCUGCUCUCAUUGAGUUUGCCACUGUUAACUACUUCACCAAGAGGGGUUACGCCUGGGAUGGGAAAAGUGUGGUGCCAGAAAAGCAAAAGAAAAAGAAGGAGUCAUUGCUGAAAAAGAACAACACCUACACGGCCGCGACGGCGACGACGUUUGCUCCGAACAUUGCCAGAGACCCUGGUUUGGCAACUAUUGCUAAAAGUGCCCCCCCUCCGCCAACCGAGCCCAAGGAAGAGCCAAAACCCAAACCCCCCGAGGCCAAGAAGACCUUCAACAGCGUGAGCAAGAUCGACAGGAUCGCCAGAAUAGCCUUCCCGCUGCUCUUCGGAACCUUUAACUUGGUGUAUUGGGCCACUUACUUGAAUAAAAAACCCAAAAUACAGGGCGCCCUGCAGCCACACUAAUUCCAUCUCCUCUUUUUGUUUUUCUUUCUUAUGUUUCUAAACAAUAACAACAAAAAAGUGAAACAAAAAAUUUGUCUCAAAUUUGUUUCAAUGAUAGUCAAGCUCCCACUUUCAAGUUUGUGUCGACAUAUGUAACAUACUGCAUCUUCCUAUAUGAUAACGAGAGUGACUGUAUUAUGUACAAACCACUGCACUGGAAGGGAACUCAUACUUACUAUAUAUACAAACAGACCUGAGAAAAUGCUAUUCUGCAAAUGCACAUAGAAUUAUAGUUUAAUACUCCCUUCCUUAUGGAAUAGUUAACCCAACAAAAAAAAGAAGAAAAAAUGAUUCUGUAAUUAAAUACUCUCCCUCGUGUUGUUCCAAUCCUGUAUGCUCUUGAAGAACACAAAAGGAGACACUUUGCUCUUCUCAUUACGAUAGCAGUUUAGCGGUCAUAAAAACCAACAACGAGCACCAUAAACGUAAAAGUAAAAAGUCCUGUUCCUCACAUGAAAUACCACAUAGAAAUAUAGUUGAUGUAUGCAGUAUUUUUAUGGCGCUUUUUUUAUUAUUAUUUUUUUGUCCUUUUUGGACAUAUGUGCUGACUAUGUUGUUGUAAGUGUAAACAUUUUCUGUUCCAGAAAAAAAGAAAACACACACAAACAGCCGACAGGUUUAAAACAACA